GCAUCCUUAUGUCAACGCAAACAAAACUAUGUCAAAAUUAAUUCUAAAUUUCGUGUAAAAACAACAACAAAAUCACACAACAAUUUAUGUGCAGCAAUCCAUGUGCUCCUUUUAUUUGUGUAUAUAAUAAAGAAACGUCGUGAUGGCUGAAAAGUCUAGUGAAUCAAGUCCGAGCGAGCCUGCCAGUACUCCGAGACAGGAGGCCCAACAGUCUGGCAACUGGUGGGAUACUUGGAUAUCUUCCGCUAAGUCCAAGUCGGCAGAAGUGUACACUAUGGUGAAGAAGGACCUGGACGAGAUAGGCACCGCCGUGAAGAGCGAGGCCAGCCACGUGUUCAGCACCACCUCCACUGUCAUCGGGAAGACGCUGAAGUUGGAUGUACCAGAGUCACCAGCAAAUGUAAUGAAGAAAAGCCUCAGCAGCUUCAUUGGUCAAGUCAGCACAGUGCUGAACCCGGAACCAGAUGACGAUGAUGACACAGAGGUGAUCCUGUCAUCUGGGGACACCACCAUGCUGUCCACUUACAAGAAAGAACUAGAAGCUCUCCAGCGCGUAGAUGCAACAUUCAUAGUACCAGCAUAUAGCGCGGAGUUCGAGGCCUGGCGCGGGAGCCUGGAGUCGUCGGAGGCCGGCCUGAUCAGUCUGUCCGCCGCAGCCAGGCGGCUCGAGGCCAGUCCUACGCUCAAGGCACAGUACGACAAACUUGUGCCCGAUGCCGUCUCUCAUGACGAUUUUUGGGAAAGGUAUCUAUUCCGCGUGGCCUUGCUACAGGACCGCCUGGCGGCGGCGGCCCGCAAGCAGCCCCAGGAGCAGCCCUCUACCGACCCUGUACUGGCACACCUACCCAUGCAGGCGGCCGCGCCCGUUGUACAGAGCCCGAAGAAGGUCCUCUCGGGUUUGGAAGAAGAGAAGCCAUUCGAAGCCCCCGAAAUGGACAACGUGGUCACUUGGGAAGACGAAGACUUCGCCAACGACGUGGAACUGACAGAAGAACAACAAACUCUACUUCUAGAAGAAUACGAGAGGGAGAUCGCAGGUAAGAAGACUAAACAAACUUGUUCCCGAGACAUAGCCAACAACAACACAGAUAAAACAACGAGCACAGACAAUAAAAAAUCAAAAACCGCACAAACCAGAGACAAGAUGAACAAUAAGACUUCAAAUAAAAAUGGCAGGUCACCGAAAAAGGCGCCAAAAUCUGACGUUUGUGGAAAUAAUUUAGUUGAAGAUUAUUUCGGUGACAAAGAGGUUAAAGACGAUGCUAGCGCCAAUUCUGACGAAAGUUGGGAGAAGGAAUUUGAAAUUGAUGACGUAGUUGAGCAAAAAGCAUGAAGUGAUCCGGCCAUAUUGUAAUGUAAGGAUAAUAUAUAGUCCGGGUACAUUGUGCGUCGCGACAUAUUGUGACGUCAUACUAAACCAGCCAUACUUUCCAAAUAAUCAACUGUCUCUUCUAAACUGAACCAUAUGUCGACUAUAAUAGCUUAAUAUGCAUUUUGGAAUCGGACAAACAAUUAUAAUCCGUAUGUCAAAUACACAAAGUUCAAUAUAGUCACGUAUAUCGUGUUACGCACAAUGUUCCAUAAAGCCCGCAGCGCACAUUACAAGCUUUUGCGUUUAACUGCCUGGGAAUAUUCGUUUUACAUCACCUAAUUUACAUAUUACUCAAAUAUAACCCUUAUAACUACUGUAUAUGGUUCGUUUUUGACAGCUGCUUAUACUAAGAUUAUUUUUAUUCUAAAAUCAACCAAGUCUUUACAACUGUAAGGUUGAAUCGUGUAAAACGAGUAUUGUCGGGUUCUCUCUAUUGCCACGUUCAACUCGAAGCCAUGUAAAACGAUGUAUAGAAUGUCAGCUUCGUUUCAAUGUAUUGUCAAUAAGAAUUACUUAAAGUAAUAAAUAUACAGCUCAGAUAAUUAUUGUAAUCGAUUGUAUUCUGAAUUAUAUGUGACUAUAAGAAUCUUACCUUACUUGCGCUAAAUUGCGCAAACCCUUUACGUGUUGCGCUUAGAUGUAGGACAACAUUUACAUACUGUACCACUGUAAUACGUAUGUAUUUAUGAAAGUCGUGUUAGUUCUAUUAUUUAUAACUCAAGCGAUUUGGCUAUGGUGGGAAGACAGAUUAGAACCAGGAGACGGGCAUACAGGAACGGAAAAAACGGUCGCGCUAGUUAUAAAUACUAUUUGUAUUUAACCUUUUUGCGCAAUUUAGCGCAAGUUAUAUAACGGAUUUGGACAUUAAAUCGUGUGUUGACUGACCUGACCAUGAUAUAAAAAUAAUAUAUUUUAUAAUUAAUACAUAGUGUAGGAGAUAAAAAUGGCGAUAGUUGUAUUUUUAUUUUAAAGAAACCUUUUUUGUAUUGAAGGAUAACAAUGUACGAUGAUUUUCGAAAUGAUUGGUGUAUCUGUACUCAGUAGUUGGUGGCGCUAGUUUUCUAGAAAGAAAUCUCAUCGUUCACAGUUUACAUAUGGAGAUAUAGAGUGUAAUAUUAAAAUUUUAGUAGUAAUCGUUUUAGACUAGGCCUUUAAAAGAAAACCAAGUUAUUUACAAUGC